ACCACCAUGGCCAACAUGACAGCCCCCAUGGGUGCUGGGAGGAACUCAUGCACCUUCCACGAGGAGUUCAAACAGGUCCUGCUGCCCCUGGUCUACUCAGUGGUGUUCAUGGUGGGUUUGCCCUUGAACGCUGUGGUCAUCGGGCAGAUCUGGGUGGCCCGUAAGGCACUCAGCCGCACCAUGAUCUACAUGCUGAACCUGGCCAUGGCUGACCUGCUCUACGUCUGUUCUCUUCCACUUCUCAUCUACAACUACACCCAGAAGGACUAUUGGCCUUUUGGGGACUUUACCUGCAAAUUUGUCCGUUUCCAGUUCUACACCAACCUACAUGGCAGCAUCCUCUUCCUCACCUGCAUCAGUGUCCAGCGGUACCUGGGCAUCUGCUACCCCUUGGCCUCAUGGCACAAGAAGAAGGGGAAGAAGCUGACAUGGCUGGUGUGUGCAGCAGUGUGGUUCAUUGUCAUCGCCCAGUGCCUGCCCACCUUCAUCUUUGCUUCCACUGGCACCCAAAGGAACCGCACUGUCUGCUACGACCUGAGCCCACCGGAUCGCUCUGCUGCCUACUUCCCCUAUGGUAUCACCCUCACUGUCACCGGUUUCCUGAUGCCCUUUGUGGCCAUCCUCGCCUGCUACUGCAGCAUGGCCCGGAUCCUGUGUCAGAAGGACAAGCUGAUGUGCUUGGCAGUGCACAAGAGGAAGGACAAAGCUGUGCGGAUGAUCAUCAUCGUGGUAAUUGUCUUCUCCAUCAGCUUCUUCCCCUUCCACCUCACCAAGACCAUCUACCUGAUCAUCCGUUCCUCACCCAGCCUGUCCUGCCCGACUCUGCAGGCGUUUGCCAUCGCCUACAAGUGUACGCGUCCCUUUGCCAGCAUGAACAGCGUCCUCGACCCCAUCCUCUUCUAUUUCACUCAGCGCAAAUUUCGUGAGAGCACUCGUUACCUCCUCGACAAGAUGAGCUCCAAGUGGCGGCAUGACAAUUGUGUUACCUACGGCUCCUAGGUGAGGAUGAAGGUCACUUCAGUGUCACCAGGACCAGGCAUAGAGCAAUUUUGGCUUUAAGAUCCACAGAG